CUCACAUCCUCUUUUUUAUUUUCCUCCCAGCUUUCGUCUAAAAACAUUAAGACACUGUUGAUCUUUCUUGUAUUCCGCAUUGUAUUCACCCUUGUAUCCCGUCUGUAAGACACACAUUGGUCUGUCGGCAUUUGGAUCGCGCCUUCGGGAACACCCGCCAGGAUCACCGUCAGCCUGCCACUAACCUUCGCACAAGCCGUACUGUUGUAUUCCCACAGGCGCAUGUAAGCUCGUCAGAGCUGAUGAUUCGGCGCAUGGCCCAGGAGACAGAAACAUCUUGCAUCGCGAACACUGGUUAUAGGCGGGAUAUCGGUCUAAUUAAUCAAGGAAGCUACCGUCAACGUCUUAUCCGCAUUGACUUCAAGGUCUUGUGCCAUUCUCUUAGUCAACCGAAAAUAUGAUGUCAGCACAGCUCCAACAGCCUGGCCAGGCUGGAGCUCAGCUAGCGGCAUCCGAGAACAAGCCGAGUGAUACGACCAUUCUUUCGGAAGCAGAACAACGAAAGUAUCCUGAGACCACGCCGCUCAGAAACCGCGCCCUGGAAAGCAAGAGCCCGUACGUACGAGCACAUGCCGACAGCCUAGUAGCUUGGCAACUGCUGGAUGACGAUGCGGUUAGUCGAGCUAAGAGGGAAAACAAGUUGAUAUUCCUCAGCAUUGGUUUCCUCGCUUCUCACCACUGUUAUCUCACAAGGCAAGAGUCCUUCUGCAAUCCCAAAGUCGCAUUGAUACUUAACGACAACUUCGUACCUAUUGUCAUCGAUCGUGAGGAGCGUCCGGACAUUGAUAACAUUUACAUGUGCUACAACCAAUCUCUCAGUGGUAGUGGCGGUUGGCCCUUGAACGUUUUCCUCACCCCAGAGUUGGAGCCGGUUUUCAGUGGAACGUAUUGGGCCGCACCCGGUGUCCAGGAUGACAUUGCGGUAGAGAAUGAUGGAGUCGAGAAACCUCUUGAUUGGAUCAGGGUCAUUACGAAAGUUCUCGCGACAUGGCUGAACGAAGAGCCUCGCGUUCGUGAUGAAGCUAAGAAGAUGGUAAUCGAACUCAGUCACAUUUCUGCCGAAGGGACCUUGAAUCAUGCAGGAGAUGAUUUUUUGCAUGCUCCCUUCUCAUCUACCCAUGGAGAAACAGAUGUUGGACCUGUGGAUUAUUCUCGUGAAGUCAUUGGUGAAGUUGACCUAGAUCAGAUCGAAGAAGCAUAUGAACGUAUUACAAGAACCUUCGAUCCCAUGUGUGGUGGGUUUGGCCUGGAGGAUAAAUUUCCGACAUCGGCAAAGCUUUCCUUGCUUCUGAGAGCGACUCAAUUUCCGAAAGUUGUGCAGGAUGUUGUUGGUCCCAACGACUGCAGUUAUAUCAGUGGAAUGGGUCUGCAUACCCUGCGACGAAUCGCAACCGGUGCCGUCCAUGACCAUAUCGGAGGUGGUUUCCACCGUUACUCAGUCACGAGAGAUUGGUCACUACCAGCAUUCGAAAAGAUGCUGAUAGACAAUGUUCUAUUACUCGGACUUUUCUUGGAUGCUUGGCUCCUUUCUGGAGGUACUGAAAAUGAUGAAUUUGCUGAUGUCGUGAUCGAAGUUGCCGACUACCUUGUUGGUGAUAGAAUGCUAUCACAGAAGGGUGGCUUUUUCACUAGCGAAGCAGCCGACUCCUACAACCGAAAGGGUGAUAAAGUGAUGCGCAACGGAGCAUACUACAUGUGGACGAGAAAGGAAUUCGAUCAUAUCAUUAACGACGAGCAUGAGAGUGAGAUUGCUGCCAUGUACUGGAAUGUGCAAGAACACGGGAACGUUGACCGUAACAAUGACCCUCACGACGAUUUCCUUAACCAGAAUGUUCUCCAGAUCGUUAAGAAUUCUGCCAGAUUGAGUCAGCAGCUAGGAAUCCCAGAACGGGAGGUGGAGGAUCGAAUCGAAUCUGCAAAGGCGAAACUACGCUCAUACCGACACAGAGAACGCGUUCAGCCUGAGGUUGACACCAAAAUUGUCACCGCCUACAACGGCAUGGCUAUUGCCGGUCUGACACGAACAGCCCUUGCUCUUCUUCACACUGACUUUGGCAUGAGUAAACAAGGACAAAAGUACUUGGAGGUAGCUAAGAAGGCGGCCCUGUUUGUAAAGAAUGAACUCUGGGACAAGGACAAGAAAAUUCUUUACCGAGUUUACUCUGAUGGUCGUACAAAUAUCGAGGCAUUCGCCGAGGACUACGCUCUAUUAAUUGAGGGUCUUAUCGAGCUUUAUGAAGGUACUGCAGAGGAAUCAUGGCUCGAAUGGGCCGAUGAGUUACAGGCGCUCCAGAUCAAACUUUUCUACGAUCAUCCUACGCCUGCGCCUACGACGGCGAACGCUAGAUGCGGAGCCUUCUACUCCACGGUCCUGGAUGCGCCUUACACGCUACUCCGUAUCAAAGAUGCCAUGGACACUUCGCAGCCAUCGGUCAACGCGGUAUCCGUCUCUAAUCUGUUUAGAUUAGGGGGUCUGUUGGGCGAUGACAAAUACACUUACCUAGCGAAAGAGAGUGUCAACGCUUUCGGUGUCGAGAUGCUGGAGCAUCCUAACCUCUUCCCCGGUCUGCUGUGCGGAAUUAUCCCUUGGAAAUUAGGCGGUAAACAUUGGCUCGUGGUCGGAGAGAAGCAUGAUCGCGCACAAUUUGCAGCAUUCUACACGUUGCCCCGUGCUGCCUUAUUCACGCUCCGCCAUCACACCCCAGGAAAAUCCGACUCUUGGUUGGCUAAACGGGACGCGAAGACCGCUGCUCUCCCCCAGGAACCUGGAUUCUAUGAAAAGUCAUCGGACGGGACAUAUCGCAGAUUGGACAGCAGUGAUCUUGUGAAACAGGAUGGGCGCCGUUUCUUAACUGCCCGUGGCUAGUUUCCACCGAGUCCUGAGGAUUGGCUGCUUAACGAUAAGUCCAGAUGGCCGGGCCACAAGCGCAAACGCGGCGUAGAUGACGCAUCAGGUGGUAGGGACUGGACUAAGGACUGGACGAGUGACAUUAGAUUUUGGAUGCCUUAAUAAGGAGAGGAAUCCGGGGUCUCUACCACCAACCAUCAGUGCGGACUACGGGAGUAACGUCGACGGCACGGCCGGAAUUACAUAGAGUGACGCAUUUCCCCUCUUUUUCUUUCUGUUACCUUAGGUAUUGAGGAAUUCUUUUUUUACCGGAUCAAGAAAGAUACCAAGGGGAGGCGUCUAUGGUACACGGUUUUUAGUUUUAGGGGGGCCUGAAUGUGUUUUAGGUGUGCGGUGUGCGGGUUGGAGGACGUGUUUACCUACUUGUACUUGCAUUUGCAUGGUGAUUGCAUAUGUAGACGAUUGCCUAAAUAAAUGAAUAGGUGCAAAUUUGGGGAAUAAUGGUUGAUUGUGCUAUACUUGAUUGUGAUGGAGUGGUGUGCUGCGAAUGUAUGUGUUAGGUAUCUGAAAAGGGGUUGCGCUUGUAGUUCUGGUGCGUCUCUUAAUCUAAUAUUGUAGGACUCCUGGAUUAAUUCUCGGGCAAAGAUACCGCCUCUUCUCUCUUCUAGUAAAGGCCAUAAUACUAUCUCCAUUUCAGCCCGG